UCAGCGAAUAAUUGAUAGGCGAGUGUUUCUGGCGUCGGCAUUUUUGAGAAUUCAGUGAAAUUCUUGAUAUUAUUUCAGAAUUGUGAUUUCAAAUAUCUGUUACUAGUGCCUGUUCAUCGCUACAAGUUUGUGUUUUUCUAUAACCAGCCGCGCUGUGCCAAUAACAGGAACUUUGUGUUCUAACCUCUAAAGAAUCUAGUCAUCAAGUUUUUGUGUUAAUAAAAACGUAAUCUUCCAAGAUGACAAUGGAUAUUCGGCCCAACCACACGAUCUACAUAAACAAUUUAAACGAGAAAAUCAAAAAGGAGGAGUUAAAGAAGUCUCUAUAUGCUAUUUUCUCACAGUUCGGCCAAAUCUUGGACAUAGUUGCGUUGAAGACUCUAAAAAUGCGAGGCCAGGCAUUUGUUAUUUUUAAGGAAAUUUCUAGCGCUACAGUUGCUUUGAGAAGUAUGCAAGGAUUCCCUUUCUAUGAUAAGCCCAUGAGAAUCCAAUACUGCAAGACUGACAGCGAUGUCAUCUCUAAGAUCAAGGGUACCUUCCAAGAGCGUCCCAAACGCCCCAAGAUGCCCAAAGGCCUGGACGACAGCCGCAAGAAGAAGAACAAGGAUGCCCGCGCCAGCAUGAUCCCUGGCUUCGGACAGCCGAGCAUCCUCAACCAUACGAAUAUUGAGCAGCCACCUAACCAGAUCUUGUUCCUUACAAAUCUGCCCGAUGAGACCUCGGAGAUGAUGUUGUCUAUGUUGUUUAACCAAUUCCCUGGUUUCAAAGAAGUCCGCCUGGUACCAAACAGGCACGACAUUGCCUUUGUUGAGUAUGCAAAUGAAAUGCAGUCAGCGGCAGCGAAGGAGGCCCUUCAAGGCUUCAAGAUCUCUCCGUCACAUGCUAUGAAGAUUACAUUUGCUAAGAAGUAGAUACCUAUAAGUGAUUAUUUGUAUAUUAUGAAAUAAAGUACAAAAAAAUUGA